CAACAACAAUGUGAGAAACCACGCCCUGCUCCAUCACGGAGCUCCAAAACAACCCACCACCAUGGCCGACGACUCCUCGCCCCCCUCCGCACCCAAAGACGCGCCCCCACCCUCCUCCACCGCGCAAGACCGCCUCGCGCAAGUAACCUCGCACAUCACGCCCAACACGCCCAAACGCCGCCGCCGAAAAGCGCCCUCCCCCUCCGACCUGCCCGCCGACUACUCCGACAUCCUCGGCCAGCUCGCCACGCUGCGCAAAAUUGCCGCGACGCCAGACCCGUCGAACAGGGGCUAUGUGCGGCAGAAGCAGGCGGGGAAGCUGUGGGUGCGGGAGCGCGUCGAGCAGCUACUUGACGCGGGGAGUUUUCAGGAGGUGGGCAGUGUGAGCGGGACGGUGACGUGGCGGCAGACGGGGCCUGGGCGCGAGGAACCCGUCGAGUAUGUGCCGUCGAAUAAUGUGCAGGGGUUUGGGCGGCUGCGUGGAAGGAAGAUUGUGUUUACGGCGGAUGACUUUUCGAUUCGUGCUGGGCAUGCGGAUGGGGCGCUUAUGGAGAAGACUAUAUAUAUGGAGAAACUCGCCAUAGCACUCCAGCUCCCCAUUGUCAAGCUGGUCGAUGGCUCGUCCGGCGGCGGAUCUGUGACAACCAUCCGCUCAGCAGGCUUCUCCUACAUCCCCCCGCUCCCAUCCUUCACCCAAGUCAUCCAGCAGCUGAACAUGGGGAUCCCGAACCUGGGCGCCGUGCUGGGCCCCGCCAUCGGCCUCGGCGCCGCCCGCGUAGUAGCAUGCCACUUCUCGGUAAUGGCGGCAGACAUCGGCUCGCUCUUCAACGCAGGACCCAACGUAGUAAAAGGCGCGACCUUCGAAGAAGGCCUCUCCCUGACGGACCUCGGCGGCCCAGCCGUGCACUGCACAAACGGCACAAUCGACAACCUCGCCCCCGACGAAGCAGCCUGCUUCGACCAAAUCCGCACAGUCCUCAGCUACCUCCCCGACAGCGGCACCCAACUACCCCCUACCAUCGAAUGCACAGAUCCGCCAGACCGUACAUGCGAAGCCCUCCGCAGCAUCAUCCCCCGCGCCAGAAACCGCACAUACAACCCCCGCCUCAUAAUCACCACCGUCGUCGACGUUGACAGCUUCUUCGAAAUCGGCCCCUUAUGGGGGACCACCGCAAUCGUCGGCCUCGCGCGCCUAUCCGGAAAACCCACCGGCAUCGUCUCACUAAACUGCGAGCAAAACGCGGGUGCCCUCGACGCCCCCGGUUCCCAGAAAAUAACCCGCAUGCUAAAAUUCCUCGACAUCUUCAACAUCCCCCUCCUCCAAUUCGUCGACGUGCCCGGCUACGCCAUCGGCACAGCCGCAGAGCGCAGCGCGACAAUGCGGCAUGGCGUUGCGCUGGCGGGCGCGUAUUACAGCACGACGAUCCCCGUGUUCAGCGUGGUGGUGCGGCGCGUGUACGGCGUCGCUGGGGGGGUGAUGUUGGAUUGUCGGGAUCCGCGGAUGCGGGUUGCGUGGCCGUCUGGGGAGUGGGGGUCGUUGCCGCUUGAAGGCGGGAUUGAGGUUGGGCACGCGUUUGAACUUAAAGAAAUCGAACGGAAGGAGGGGAGGGAGAGGCGCGAUGAGCGGUAUAGGGAGUUGGAGGAAGAGUAUAGACGGUUGAUGAAUCCUGUGCGCACGGCGAAUGCGUUUGGGGUGGAGGAGAUUGUUGAUCCGGCGGUUACGAGGGGGGUGUGCUGUGAGUGGGUUGAGCGGGUUUAUGAGAGGGUGUUGCCGGGGAGGGUGGUGGAGAGGGGGGCGGGGAGACUGCAGCCUAGGUUUACGUGA